GUUGGGAUUUUGUCUAUACAGAAUAUGUGAUGGCUGCUGGAUAUCACCAUAGUUCAAUCCUUUGGCAGCCAGCUGGUUGGAAGUUGAAGGAGGAGUACUUACCUGCUGGUUGGUUGUGCCUGGUUUGUGGCGCUUCUGAAAAUCAGGAGAUUCCCCAUAGGUUUGUAAAGCUUGCAAAAAAAAGAUGUUUACACCCCUGACCUAAUAGCAGCUUCAGAUUGCAUGCUCGGAAAGAUUGGAUACGGCACAGUCAGUGAAGCCCUGGCAUACAAGUUGCCAUUGAUCUUCGUACAUCGAGAUCAUUUCAGUGAAGAACCAUUUUUGAGAAAGAUGCUCGAGUUCAACCAAGGUUGCGUGGAGAUGAUUAGAAGGGAUUUGCUCAGUGGAAAUUGGACACCCUAUCUUGAACGUGAUGUUAGCUUGAAACCAUGCUACGAGGGAGGUACCAAUGGUGGUGAGCUGGCUGCUCAAAUACUGCAAGAUGCAGCUAACGGAAAGAAUUAUGAUUCAGAUAAGAUGAAGGAUGGAGGAAUUAGCUAUGAAAUCAGUAAAUUGGAGGAGAAGUACCAAGGAGAGUUAGGUUGACAGUUGAACAUGAUUGAUGGACAUGCAUGAAAAAUGUGGUGGGCCGAAUGAUGGUGGGCCAACAACAUAGUCUCAAUCGAAGUAAAAGAGGGUGAAGGUAGGGUUUCAUGUUAAUUGGAAGCAUAUAGAAAGAAAGAAAAUGAUGUCUGUUACUGUUACAUAUACUGUUACCAUGUCCCAUUCAGACAUAAUGUCAAAAGACGAAAUUGACAUGGAUGCCCCCAUGGCCCAUG